AUUUCGCUUUUGGCUAUUCGACAUUGAAAUCCCUCACUGUCGGCAAGUGGAAACGCUUUCACGAGGCAAACAGUCUUACAGAGGUAGAUACGUCCCAAACGAAGCCAUCAGCAUGAAUCGCUUCAUCCUACUGCUCUUACUCGGGGCUUUUGUCGCAGCAAUCUUUGGAGACGGUCCCAAGCUGUCAGAAUCUACGGCGAUAGAUAGCGACAUCGAAGCCAAGGGCGACUUUUCCGUAGCCGAUAAUGGACCUAAAUUGUGGGUGUGCCAGGGAAAUGUAACGAACACUUUGAAAAACGUCUGCACUCAUACUGGAAGACCACAUUCAGACACAAGAGAUGAUGUACAAGAAGAAAACAAUCCAGAGUUCCUAGAUGAGGCCGAUGCCAACUUUUUCCUGAGGCAGCAAAAUUCCAAGCAGAUCUCCGAGGAAUGUUGCCAUGAGGGAUGUUACUGGGAGGAGGUUUUGGAGUAUUGCUAGAGAUUACGGCGUGGAAACGGGCUGGCCUUAUCAGGCCUCCAGCCCCGUCUAUAAUCUUCAAUGACGUCGAAUGUUUACUGAGCACCAUGUACUUUAUUUCCAUUUUGUCCUGGUUACGGUACUUUCUGUCGCCUUCAUUUA